AUGUCCGACCACUCGCUCUCCGCGUUCCCUUGCUUGACGCCGGUGGAGUUUUCCCGCGCGUGUCAAGCGGUGGCCGAAGCUGCCUGGGCCCGGCCAGAAGGAGGCUGGGACACGAUGCGACUCGUCACACAGUCCACUAGCUCUAUGCUCCAGAUCACACAACACAUCACCGACAUCGCGCACAACACCCUACCCUCCGCAGAGUCGGAGGCGAUCGACGAAGAAGAAGAACAAGACCCGGUCUGCACCUCCCAGCCUCCCCGACCGAUGCUGCACGGUCCUAACCAGGUAUCACAGGAAGCCCUCGUGCGCACCGCACCCAAUCCCAGCUUACAGGUAGACUAUGACAUCCUGCUCUCGCCCACAUACCGCGUGCCCGUCUUGUUCUUCCGGCUGAAAUGGAACCACCACCAUCAUGGCCCGGUCGGACUCGACGCCGUCUACCAGUAUGUGGUUCCCGAGCAGUAUAGGCAAGGAUUGCAGAGCGUGGGGGUCAUGGGGGGCAUCAGUCUCGGCUACCAUCCCGAAUCGGGCGCCCCGGCCUUUUUCGUGCACCCGUGCAACACGGCCGAUGCGAUGGCGCAUCUGGCGGACGCACGAAACGUCACUCCGGGGACGUACCUCUUCAUCUGGCUCGGGCUGGUCGGUCACUGCGUGAACCUGCACGUCCCGCGUGAGCUCGUUGCCGCCGGUGGGACCAGCCCUCUUCGAGGACACGCAUAA